UAAUUCAAUAAUUUCAUUAUUCCGACUCAUCAGACAACAAUAUUGUAUUAGCACCCAUCAAAUCAAAUACCCAUCACUACGAGGAACCUGUGGAUACCGAAUAUCCAUCAGAUACCCAUCGGAUAACAGGUACAAAUACCGAAUAUCCAUAUUACCUGUGGAUACCUUAUUAUAUCUAUAACUGUAGCCUAGCCGUGGAUAACAAAAUUCCACUAUAUCUAUACCCUACGAAUAAUUAUCCAUGGUUACGAAUGCGUCGUAUUAUUGCUCACUAUGAGGAACGUCAGAAGGAGCUCGAUAACGUCAUCGUGAUCUUGAUCUAUAUAAAUGCCCAGCCAGGUCCGCGCAAAAUGCACCAGCUAGCUAACCAACCCCCCUCCCGUGCCGUUCACCACCACUUCCUUCUUCCUCCCCCUAACCGCCACUGCACUGCUUACCCCCAUAUAGCUAACCGCAACUGCCAUUUCAACAACUUCUCGGUCAGCCUUGUCACAUUUUUUUGACACAUACAUACAUACAUACAUACAUACAUUCAAUUUUAAUUUGUUGGGUAAAUUAAAUUGGGUUCGAUCGAGUCCGACGAUGGCUUCUUUGAUGAUCAGUCUGUCGUCAUUCGUGAUCCUAUCAUUCUUUCAAGGUGCGGCCGGCGGGAUCACGUUCACGUUCACGAACCGGUGCGGCGGCACGGUGUGGCCGGGGUUGCUGGCCAACUCCGGGAGCUCGCCGCUGCAGACGACGGGGUUCGAGCUGGGGCCCGGCGAGACGCGGUCGCUGACGGCGCCGCCGGGGUGGUCGGGGCGGUUCUGGGCGCGCACGGGGUGCGCGUUCGACGCCGCGUCGGGCAAGGGCGCGUGCGCGACGGGGGACUGCGGGUCGGGCGAGGUGGAGUGCCGCGGCAGGGGCGCGACCCCGCCGGCGACGCUGGCGGAGUUCACGCUGGGCGGCGGGGGCAAGGACUACUACGACGUGAGCCUGGUGGACGGCUACAACCUGCCCAUGGUGGUGGAGGCGGCGGCGCCGGGCUGCCCCGUCACGGGCUGCCUGGUGGACCUCAACGAGCGGUGCCCAGUGGAGCUGCGCGCCGGCGGCCAGGCCUGCCGCAGCGCGUGCGAGGCGUUCGGCACGCCCGAGUACUGCUGCAGCGGCCAGUUCGGCAACCCGGACACGUGCCACCCCUCGCCCUACUCGCAGAUGUUUAAGGCGGCGUGCCCGCGCUCCUACAGCUACGCCUACGACGACGCCACCUCCACCUUCACUUGCACCGGCACCGACUACUCCAUCACCUUCUGCCCGCCUCGCGCUGGCACGUCCAGCAGCCAGAAGGCGACCAAGGGCCCCUUGCCGACGCCCAGGGACGUGCAGCUCGAGGGCGACUCGUGGCUGGCGAGCCUGGCCACCGGCGAGACGGACGCCGCGACGUCGACGGCGGCGGCGUCGCUGCUCCAGGCCGCAUCGGCAGCGGCCGCAGUCGUUGCCUUGCUUUUAUGACCGGAUCGACGACGGCGGCGGAUGGAUGAGGACGGCGAAGCAUAUAUUCUUUAGCCUUUUGUCUUUGUGGAUAGUGAAGUUGUUUGUUGGCAAGGUGGCGGUAAUAGCCUCUAGCGCUAUUAUAUAUAUAUAUAUAUAUAUAUAUAUAUAUAUAUAUAUAUAUAUAUAUAUAUAUAUAUAUAUAUAUAUAUAUAUAUAUAUAUAUAUAUAUAUAUAUAUAUAUAUAUAAUAUGGAUUUUAUUUUAUCAGCAAAUUUAAGAUGCACCUUACAUGUCAGCAAAACAUAUGCAUUCGUUUAUUUUCCUCAGUCUCAGCAAAACACUGUUUCUUUACUUCUUUCUUUUUUUUUAGUCUUCCUUGUCACAUGCAGUAUGCUAAGUAAAUAUUCAGCACGUUCUAUCA